AUCGUAUUAAUCAUAAACUAAGACAAUUUGUUUUGUGCUAGGUCACCUCCCUAUGGCGAGGAGAUGGGCACCAAUCCCUUCAACAUCCGCUCUCACGCAUCGGCGUCAUGCCUCACUCUAACUUCAGGGGUCUCCUAAUUAUGCUCGAAGUCAUGUGGUAUUCAAUUAAUAUCGUGGGAUGGUGGAGAUAGUUGGUCUACGUGCAAGAUGGAACGUUUCUGCGUUCUUUAUUACCCCAUUCAUGAAUAUGCCCAUCACGUAGUCCCAAUUGAACCACAUUGCGAAAUAACAUAUCAUAUCAGCCCGGGACUGGACACAGGAAAGAACAAUUUUAUAACCACAUUACAUCUCAGGGUAAUUUCAAGAUGUCCAAAAUGGCAAUGGCAGAACAAGUUCCCAAUACAAUGAAGAAUUUCGGCUUUGGAUUGAGAGCCAUGAAAAACCAUACAUGUUUGAUCCCACUGGUUGGUAUCAUCGGAUUUGCUUGUGGAAUGUGUGGAACCUACUGUCUCUAUGCAAUGGCAACAAAACCAGAUGUCAGGCUACAAAAGAGCAAAAAGCAUAUUCCAACGUACGAGGAGGUAGAAGCGGGUGAAAUACGAAAGAUAAUGGAACCCUCUCCGCAAAAGUACACCUACGACCCAGAGAUCUUGAAGCUUCGUCGGGAGAUGGGUACAUACAAGGCUAACGUAUAUACCAACGAGUAACGAUGCUGACUAUAGGAAAUUGGGGAGGGUUACGAUUUACGAACUGUUUUUACUUUUCUGUUCUGGAACGGCUAG